AUGUCAUGUUCAAAAAUAUUUUCAGGAGAUUUACCAGAAUUAAUAUAUGAAAUUAUAAAAUAUUUCCAAAAUGAUUAUUCAACUUUAUAUUCAUGCAUUUUAGUUAACAAAUUAUGGUGUCGUUUAGCGAUUCCAUUAUUAUGGGAAGAUCCUUUUUCAAUUCCUACAAAAAAUUAUAAUUUUAUUGAAAUUUACUUACAUAAUUUAAAUGACGAUUUUAGAGCAAAAGUAAAUAAAUAUAAAAUUAUUAAUAAUUCAUUACCUUCGAAUAUACUGUUUAAUUAUCCCAGUUUUUUAAAAUAUUUGAAUAUAUACAAAUUUAUUUUCUCUAUUGAGAAGUGGUUUAAAUCUAAAAAUAGACGAGUAACUGAUUUUGAAAAUUUGAGUGAUAUAAGUGUAUCACUAUUUAGCAUUUUUAUUGAAAAUGAAAUAAAUUUACAUACUCUUGAAAUUGAAAUCCUUGGUAGUAUUUAUCAUUGCACAUGUAUUGAUAACAUUCUUGGGUUAAUUUUAAAAAAUCCAAAUUUCAUUCAUAAUAUUAGAAAUUUAAACCUUUAUUUUGGUAAUUCUUAUGUUGGCGGUAGUAAAUAUACGUUAAUGAAAAAUCGUAUAUCACAAAUAAUUAAUUUACAUCAAAAUCUAAAAAAAAUUAUGUUAGGCUAUGAUAGCAUUCCUUUGUAUCAAUCAUUAUUAUCAGAAGAUUUUAAUUGUUCAAAUACUUUAAAUACAAUCAUUUUCUAUUAUGUUAGCCUAAAUUGUAUUAGCAAUCUACAAAAAGUAUUUGAACGAUUAAAUGUUUUGGAAUCUGUUCAUAUUCAUUAUUGUCGUGGUUUAAAUACAAGUUUUACCCAACAAAUUAUUAAUUUAACUAAACCAUUUAAGUUGAAAUCUUUAUUUAUAUGUGAUAUUCCACAUGUUGAAUCAUUAGAAUUAUUAUUACACAAAUCUGGUGAUUAUUUAGAAAAUUUUGGAUAUAUUCUUGAAGUUAAUUAUGAAUUAUCAUUAAUACAACAAUUAUUCGAAUUAAUUACAAAAUAUUGUAAAAAUAUCAAAUUUCUUGAUUUUCAUUAUGGAUGUGGAAGACAGAUGAAUUAUCAAUUACUCAAUUUAAUUGAAAAUAUUAAACAAAAUAUUAAUUAUCUUUCGAUUGAUGUAUCAAAUGAUUAUAUUGGAACUAACGAAUAUGGUUCAAUCAUAUUACAAAAUUUAGGACAAAUUCUUCCUUCUAAAUUAGAAUAUAUAUGUUUGAAUAUUUAUCACAUUAAAACAAGUGAUUUUGAAGUAUUUCUAAAAAACAUUCAAGAUACUUUUAUCAAGAAGUUGUUGUUCGAAAAUUUCCAAAGCCAAGUUGAUAUUUUACCCUUUAUAAAAGAAUAUAUCAUGAAAAAGAAAAGGAUUAAGUAUUUGGCUAUUAAGGAAUCUUCAUUAGUUAAGGAUUUGAUUUCACUUAAGGGUGAAGUGGAUGAAUUUAAGUUAUAUAAUAUUAAAGUUCAAAGUUAUUAUGAUUUAAAGAUUAACUUGUAUAAUUAUAUAAAGACAAUUAAUUAA